GAGAUGUUCUUCUCUAUGGCACCCAUGACGAGCAGCGUGGCGUCUCUGCGUUCAGUCAGUGACCUCUCGGAUCUGGAUUCCUCGGUGCACAGCGACAUUAGCACCACUCCCCUGCAGCCUCCAGCCCCGGGGCUGGGCCUAGGAAGCCCCCGGCGUUACAGACGGCUGCCGUUUGCCUCAACCCUGCCGGGUCUCAAUAAGAUACCAAGUAAGAAGAGCGGCUUGGCCAAAGGUGCCUCAUCCAAGUUGACGAUGGACCUGGCGGUAGAACUGGCUGAGUUCCUGUCUGAAGUGGACCUGGGUACGCUGGAUCGCCUCUGCUCCCUCUUGCAGCCCACCGUGGCGCCAUCCCAGCCGGGGGGCUACCCUCCCGAAGAACCCGUGCCAGGUUUCCCCCCGGCUGCCCAAUGGCAGGCCAACGUGCAGCUGGCCGUCCCUAAAGCUUCCCUGCUACUCCAGUUCCCCAUUCCUGAUCUCCGCGCCUGGGCUGAGAGGCGCGCCUGGGCCGAGAAGGCCGUGCGCAGGGAGCGCUUGCGGCUGGACCUGGCCGGUCUCGAGCUGCGCACGGAUCUGGAGCCAACGGGGCCCACCAAGUUAGAAGUCACCCUGACCGACUUGCACGGCAUUUAUGAAGAUGGCGAGACGCUGUCGGUGCCUUGUUUUCGGGUGAGCAAAGCCCCUGAUUUACUGGCCCGAGGCGUCGGGAAGAAGUACCUCCUUCCCAAGCUCAUCUUGACCUUCUCCCCAACCCCCACGGAUGCCCCUUGGGAUUUGGGGCUGGCAGCCGCUGAAGAAGUAGAGCUGUCAACGGUGGAAAGCCCCUGUGAGCUGAAGCAGCCGGAGCCUUCGCCCUUCUCCUCCAAACGGACGAUGUACGAGACGGAGGAGGGGGAGACAGUAAACGGGGUUGGGAAGAGACAAAGACCAUGGCAGCUUAUCUUAAUCCAUGAUGCUUUCUCUCCCCCAGCUGUCGUGGAGGACUAUCUUACAGCUGAGCAUCUGGAGAUUCCCAAUUUCCUGCCCCCUGACGGGCUACACCCCACCAUCUACGCCUCCCAAGAGGGGCCCAUCAGCUGGCCUCUGGGGGCCAAGAAGGACGGCCCCUUCAAGAUGUUGUCCGUGGCCAUUCAGAUCAAGCUGGAUAUGGAGAAGAACAUAAAGGAGUUCUUGGUGACGCUGCGCCUCGAGGGUGCCACCAUACGGCACCGCAUGGCUCUAGCCCACCAGAGCUGGUACACGCAGUUGAUCGACUUCCUGGAUGUGCUGGAUGACCCCAUCCUGGGCUUCGUGCCCCCCGCCAUCAUCACCGUUUUGCACACCCACCUCUUCAACUGCGCUGUGGAUUACAGGCCUCUCUACUUACCCCUCCGGGUUCUCAUCACGGCGGAGACAUUCACCCUCUCCAGUAACAUCAUUGUGGACACCUCGGUCUUCCUCCUUCGGUUCAUUUUGGAUAACUCCACGCUGUUCCUCUCCAACAAGUGUGACACAGAGACCGGUGACCUAAAUAAAGACCCGGCCCCUCUUCGAGCUCCGCUGCUCCAACAACGUGGUGCACAUCCACACCUGCGCUGACUCUUGUGCCGCCCUUGCCAACCUCAUCCAGUACGUGGUCAACAAAGGGGACCAGCACCCACCCCCUCGGCACGACAGCCCCACUGAGAUUGCGGGGCAGAAGGUGCAGUUGUCCGAGAGCCCAGCUUCUCUGCCCACCUGUCCCCCAGCUGAGACGGCGGCCAUCAACCAGCGAGACCUCACAGACGCCCUCAUGGAUACCGAGCGUGGAUGCCAGGAAAUGACCGCCUCGGGAUGGGGAGCCGGUGGUGACCAAGCUCUUGGAGGGCCCCGUCCACAUCCAGGAGGGCCACUUCUCCCGGCCCCUGGGCAGCACGGAUUUAUUGAAGGCCCCCUCCCACUUCCCGGUGCCGGAGAGCCGAGUCGUGAUGCGGGAAAUUUCGGUGGUCUGGCAUCUCUACGGGGGCAGAGAUUUUGGGCCAGGGCGGUCCCCUUCUGGACACCUGCAUUCCCCCAGGACGAAAUCAAGCCUUCCCAGUACCCGUUUCUCCCCCUCUCGGUCUUCGAUGCCCAGCCGACCCCAGAGCUCCUGGCGGGCUCAAGGUGGCCCUGGCCGCAUCCACGACCUGCUGAUGGAAAUCCAGCUUACAAAGGUGAGUUUCCAGCACGAAUCCUACUCGGCUGGAGCCUCCGAGAAGCCGUGCCUGGAAUCGGAGGAGCAGCCCUUAGCCAGGCAGGUGUUCCUUGUCCAGGAGCUGGAGAUCCGAGACCGCCUGGCCUCCUCACAGAUCAACAAGUUCCUCUACCUGUACAGCAGCGAGCUCCUGCCCCGGCGGGCCCAUUCUAACAUGCUCACCAUCAAGGCUCUUCAUGUCUGCCCCGAAGCUGGCGUGGGGGGUCCCGAGUGCUGCCUGAGAGUCUCCCUGAUGCCUCUCCGACUCAACAUAGAUCAG